AUGGCUACCUCUGAUACCAGCACAGGGGUUCCUGGCAGCACCCUGACUCCCAACCCUGUCGGGACCACGUUUGAGACCACCCCUGACAUCUCUACAGUGACUGUGGGGUCAACCCUGGGCACCUCGACAGUACCUGAGGUCUCCAGUGCAACCAUGGGUGCGUCCUACCUCUUUCUGUCGCUGCGGCUAACCAUUCCCCUGGACCUGGGGAACACCACAGUGCAGGAACUGGUGCUGGCCAAGCUCCGUGAAGACCUGCAGAUGGCAUUUCCAUGUGCUGGCCUGGGGCUCGGGGUUGCUGCUGCCAUCCCUGUCACCACCGAGGGGCCGUUUGUGGCAGGGACAGCUUCUACCAUCACAGCGGGGAGCGAGGAGCCCCGUGCCCUUGUGAUGGGCACUGUGGAGACAACUACCGCAGCAGCUGAUGCUGAGAUAGCCAAGAGCAUCCUUGCAGGGGGCCCGGAGAGCCCGUCCUUCCCUCCCAGGGCUGAGCUGGGCACUUUGGUGACAGCAACAAGCGAAUAUGGCUCUACAGUGCCAGCUCUGCUGAACGUGACCAAGCCUCUUAAUGCAUCUCAGGAUAAUGAGAGGGCUUUGGCUGCUCCUGCUGCAGCCACAACCGUGGUUGCCAUCUCCGCACAACACCCUGCUGUCACCCCAGAAGCAGAGCUUGACAUAACGGGGGUCACUCCCAAUGUGCCCCUGGGGACCGCCCCUCUCUUUGCAGAUGUGAAAGAGGAUGUCCUUGCGGCCGUGACCAGAGAAGGAGCAGAGGAUCUCGCCCCCACUGCUGAUACCACGUUCCUCCCCACUGUCCCUCCGCCAGCAGCUGCCUGGAGGGCACAAACAACUGCUGUCAGCCCCAUGAGUGUCGGUGUCACUGAGCUGCAGAGCCAAGGGCUAGCCACAGCCAUGGGAGCGGUUGAGGAAGGCAUACCCCUGCCAGUGGAUAUCCGAAAUGAAGCCAGUGACAACUCCCCCAGCCCCAGUGCUGGGGGGCUGCUCACAACCCAGCAGGAUGGGGCUGUAGGCAUCACCCCAGAGUCAGCAGGAGAAAUGGCCCUGUCACCUGCAGCUAGUGAGGCACCUGUGACGACAGGCGACAUCAAUGUGCAGAGUGACAUGAACACCUCAACCACAGCUCCACCAGGAAGGCCGGCGGCCGCCCUGACCCCACUGCCCAGUCCCACAGUUGCAGCUGUGCCCCUCUAUGGGUACGGAGCGAGGGAAAACGAUCGGCAAUAUGUGGAAAGGAGGGUGGAUUUUCAUUCUCCACUUUUCAAGCCUGAAACUGGAUUCCCAUUUGGGAAAACCCUGCGCAACUCUCUCUACUUCACAGACAACGGACAAAUCAUUUUCCCAUCCUCGGACAACAGCGUCAUCACAUACCCCAACCCUCCUUCCGGCGGCUUCACCGGCCACGAGGACAUUCCCAUGAUUGCUGUGUUUUGGGAUAACGCCGACUUCUCCAGAGGCGUCGGCACCACCUUUUACCAGGAGUUCCUCACCCUCAACACGGCCAAGCCGCCAUUCAUCCACGAUGUGGAAGCAAAGAUUCGGCGGUACCUGAGGUCCUCCUACUCUGCAACCUGGACCUUGAAGAUCACCUGGGAGAAGGCACCUGCCUAUGCAGCACAGACGGACACCAGGAGGACGAGCACCUACCAGGCCGUCUUGACUACCGAUGGCUUCAGAUCCUAUGUCUUGAUGCUGUACCAGGCGGGAGGCAUGCAAUGGGAUUACACCAGACUCACUGCACCCAACGUGCUCAUUGGCUACACCAGUGGCGAUGGCUUUUACCGCAAUGAUGACCUGACUCAGAGACCUCCAGCUCUGAAAUAUCGCCCUGACCAGUUCAGGGGCUACAACACAGACCUCCGUGGGCUGUGGAUUUACAAGCUGGAGACCCGUGUGGGUGUCAACUACCGCCUGAAGUGCCUGGCGUGGACAGGGCGGCAGCAGGAGCCGCGGGCCUGGAGCCAGGGCCUGCCCACCUGCCCCUGCUCCCUGCAGCAAGGGCAGCAGGACCCACGCUUCAAGAGCAGCCGAGGAGGUGAGAAGACGUGUCACUUCCUCACUCUCUUUGUCCCCUGUCCUUUCCCUGUAAGGGUGCCUGGGGUACCUCCUGGCUGGGUGGGCAGGGGACUCCAAGGAAAAUGAGGGGAGGGGACUGCCCUUCCCUGCUAG